AUGGAGAGGCCGCGGAGGCUGCUGCUGCUGUCCGAGCUCCGCGGCAGAAACGCCGCGUACGAUGUGAGUCUGAGCCGGUGCCUGCUCACCUGGAAGAGACGGAUCUCCAGCCCGGUGUACCACCCGUUCAGACCCUCUGUACAACACAGGGUGUCAGUGUCGGAGAUCAUCUCUGUCAGAGAGGAAGAGGAGGAAUACAGCAGCAGACGAAGAGACGAUGGCAGCUGGAGGAAGAUCAAAGAGAGAGACGGGAAGGACUGCAGGCAGACCUUCACAGUGUCAUAUGUGGAGAGGUGUCAGCAGCACCGCUGGCGGUGUGCUGAGGUCACCUUCACGUGUUCAGAUGAGGCCCUGUGUCAACGCUGGGUCAGCAGCAUCAGAGAGCAGCUCGCCUCUAUCACCACCAGACCCAAACACCUGCUGGUCUACAUCAACCCUUAUGGGGGAAAGCGACAGGGCAAACGCAUCUAUGAGCAGAAGGUCGUCCCCCUGUUUGCUGAGGCCGGCAUCUCCACGGAUGUCAUCGUGACAGAGUACGCCAAUCAUGCGAGGGACCACCUGAGGACAGAGGCGGAGCUGAAGAAGUAUGAUGGUGUGGUGUGCGUUGGAGGGGACGGCAUGUUCAGCGAGAUCAUCCACGGGCUGAUCUUGAGGACGCAGAUCGACGGUGGCGUAGAUCCAAACUGUGCGGAUGAGGCGCUGCUUCCCUGUACACUUCGCAUCGGAAUCAUUCCUGCAGGUUCAACAGACUGUAUCUGCUUCGCCACUGUGGGCACCAACGACCCCGUGACCUCGGCUCUGCACAUCAUAGUGGGAGACUCUCAGUCCAUGGACGUAUGCUCGGUUCACCACAACAACACAUUCCUGCGAUACUCUGUCUCCCUGCUGGGAUAUGGUUUCUAUGGCGACGUGCUGACUGACAGUGAGAGGAAGAGAUGGAUGGGGCCGGCCAGAUACGACUUAGCAGGUCUGAAAAUGUUCCUGACUCAUCAUUAUUAUGAAGGAACAGUGUCCUACCUGCCUGCCAGAGGCAUCAUGGGAACGCCACGAGACGCGGCCAGGUGUCUAUCAGGCUGUGAGGUUUGUCAGCACAACGGGCAGCAACUUGCAGAAUCAUCUGUGACGCACGAGAUGGAUGAAGCAUCGGAUGGUGAGAGCGCCGGUGAGUGGAAGAUGAUCCGAGGGAAGUUUCUGGCUAUAAAUGCUGCCAGUAUGAGCUGUGCUUGUCCUCGCAGCCCUAAGGGCCUCUCACCUGCUGCUCACCUGGCUGACGGCACCACUGACCUCAUUCUGGUCCGGAAAUGUUCCCGCUUUGAUUUUCUCCGACACCUUCUGCGACACACCAGCAAAGAUGACCAGUUUGACAUGACCUUUGUCGAGGUCCACCGAGUGCGGCGUUUCCUCUUCACGCCUCGUUACUGCCAGAGCGACUCUGACCUGGAGCUGGACCUGCAAGAGCAUGGCAAACGCCAGAUCUUCGGCCAGAUCUGCCGAGACCACCCGGCUUGCAGCUGUGCCCCCGCCUACAGCAGCUGGAACUGCGAUGGCGAGAUCCUGACCCACACGGCCAUCGACGUUAGAGUGCACUGCCGGUUGAUCAAGCUGUUUGCACGAGGGAUCGAAGAACAGGCAGUGUUCGAGGAUCUCCCCAACCCCUGUGCAAUAUAGACCCGUACCCCAUUUUCCCCCUUCAGACACUGGAGUCUUCGUUCUUUUUCCAGCCAUCGCAUAUGUUACUGCUGCAGGAAUCGUCAUUCAACACUCAUCGCAUCUUUCACCAGGAGACUCAACAGGAUUUUGUAUGGCGUAUGACAAUGUAACUUCCUGGGUUUUAUGAUGUCCAAAAUGAGUUUCCUUAAAUCGCCUUGAUCUGCUUUAUAUGUAGCCCUUUGGAAGUAGCAGCUGCUUUUAGAAAUCAAUCACAAAAUUAUAGACCUUGUGGAGAGAAAAGUUUCACCCUUAGAGUUUGGAUUAGUUGUGGGUGACACUGUUGGUGUCUUGUUUUGAUAGCUGAGUGGUUGCUGGGUGUCUGACACCUCAAUCUUGUGGCCGCUUUAAUUUGGACUUGUCUUGAGAUUGUCACUUUUUGUAUCAGGACUUGCAUUGAGUUUUGUGGACUCUGACUUUUCUCGGACUUGUUUUGAGUCUGAUUUCUCUCUGUCUGACCAGUAACAGUCUUUUGUCUUGAGGAUGAUGUCUGGAAGAUGUAAGGGGUUUUGACUCGGACUUCACCUUGCUUGGACGUAGCAUUGACUAGUCCAGGACAAAUUCUCUGCAUUGUUGUAGAACUCAAGUAACAUCUCUAUCGAAAUAGUUAUUUUCAGUUAUCUCCGAUUCGCCUUGUACCUGUGAUGUUCUAUCUUUGACAUGUCUUAAUCUUGGCUACCAGUUACACUCAAUUGUAACUGCAAUCUUGACUAAAACUCGACCCCUAUUUGGACUUGACUCUGAAACGUUUUGACUUGGACUUGUCUUGAGAUUGAUUUAAAUUGCCUGUUCAUUCAUUUCUAGAUUUGUCUUUUUUGGCGCUUGAUUGUGAUCAGUUUUGUUUAUCAUCUCAGAUGUGUCUCUGCCUUGAGUGCGUACUCGACUCUGACUUGUCUCUUACUCAACUUGUGAAUCAGUGGUCUUGUGAACUGCAGCUCUUCUGCCCUUCAACUGGGUUAGAAACGUCAUCUUAUUUGCACUUUGAAAUAGUUUCAAUUAUUUUUCAACCAAAAACCAUUCCUGAAUUUGGAAUUAUCUGUAACAUGUUUGAAGGAUGCCAGACACCUGCCAGUCAUUCCCAGGGUCAAAUUGUCCCUAUAGGUCAAGAGUUGAUUCACAAAGUAGAACCCAUGCACAUGGUCAGAAAAGAAAGUAAUUCUGACGUGAUUUAUUUUUUACUGUUGCAUUUUUCUUUAACAGUCACUGUCUGUUUUUCAGCUGUGUGAAGGUUUCUGUUACAUUUGAUUUCAAAAACACACAUAGUGUUGGGUUAGUGUUUCCAUCAUUUCUCAGGAAACGAUCUGAGUCUAGUUGUAGCUUUCAAGUUAAAAAUUUGGAAAAGUGUAACUUUCAUCAAAACAGAAGAAGUCAGUCAAGCUGGUUGUGGCUGAGGAUGCUGUACAGCGCACACAUGAAGGUUUCAAUCGUUUUACUCCAUAUGCAAAUCACUUCAGUCAGUUGGUGCAGACACGACAACACGUCAUCGUGAAAGUUUCCUGCUUUAACACCAAACAAACUGUGCAGAUAAUCUUCAUAGUCUGUGAAAUGAGCUGAAAUUGUAGCUGUAGCUUUUCAUAAAAUCUCAAGAUAAUCACAUGAACCUUCCAAGAAUCAGGAGUAAUGAUUCAACAACACAAAUAUGUUUUUGCAAACAAAUUGCUUCAAAGCAAUUUUACCUCCUUUUUCAAAAACAAUGUAUUUGCUGUGUGAUGUUCCUACACUACAUGGCCAAAUGUAUCAAUCCAUAGCUGCAUCCCAAAUGUAAUGCAUUUGUUCAGGGCUUAUAGACCAGUCACGUUCUUCCACACCAACUGGUACGAUUAUUUUCCUGUAAAUUCUGUCUUGUGCAUGAGUUUUCUAUUCUGAAUGCCAAUCUUUUGAUCCCCACUGCAGUCCAGUAGGUGGCAGUAAUGUGGCUGUAAACUGGUCUGCCAACUGGCAUUAAAACAAGAAACGGAAGUAUUCAGGCAAAACAGAAUUGACAUAAUGUUGGAAGAACACUUGUCUUGCUUAGAAUAUAUUGGUGUGCUGUAGAUUUACCUUCAUCUGAAUUUAAGGGCCCAAACCAGGAAAUAGAAUAAAAGAAAACUAAAGAAGUGGUUCUCAAUUCUGGGGUUUUGUUCUGAUAUUUUUUUUGUGAACUGCAUCACAACUUUACAAUUAAAUUAUUCAAAACAAUCUGAUUUGAAUUACUUACAUGCGAUAGACAUUUGCCACCUAUUCAAGGGAUGAGUCAAGAUACUUUUGACCAUGUGGUCCACACUCCAAAAAGGAAACUGCUUGUUUAUACAUCAGUCAAUCCAAAUGAAGGUUACACAUUUGAAUGUAUUCAUAAUGAUGAAUCAUUCAAAACAUAAAUAGUUUUUCUUGGAAUUAAUAUGAUGGUUUCUAUUUGAUAUAUCUGGAUCUUUGUUUCGUAAAAUAGUUUAACCUUUGAGGAUAAAUCAGACUGGAAGUUGGGUAUCCGCACUGGACUUGCUGAGUAGAAGCUGUUUCUUUGUAUUUCUGUUAGUUGUUCAUUUGUUGAACAGCAGUCUUGUUUUCUGCCUGCUGAUGUUGAGCUGGACUCAAACUGACGGAGGAGAGGACCUGUAGCAGCUCACGGUGCUUUUCAAAACUCUGAUCAAUCACUUUUUAGCUUUGUCCUGAUUUUAAUCUGACCAAAUACCAGUUUGGGUUCUGUGAUGUAGCUGUCUGUAACAGUUGUCUUCAGGUCUUCACAGCCUCAAUAUGUUGGACCCAGUACCAAGCAUACCCGUGGAAAAACAAUGUUAUUUUAGUAUACACCAGCAUUGGCAGCAGCAUUAUGCUCCACUACAACAAUAACACAAUGCCCGUACAGACAUGAUGAGCCCGACUGAGAUCUUAGUUAGAGCCUGGACCUGUGAAGACCUGUUGCUCAGCUCUUUGUCUUAUGUUGAUUCAUCUUUUUAAUUCUGUGUUCAGAUGAACACUCACUCUGGAGGUUAAAACUAACCACUUGUGUGCUACCUGAAAAUGCAUGACUGAGGUGACCUUUUUAUCAGGAGAAGAUUUAAUAUCUUCUUCAUAUUUAGCCUGCUGAAAUGAUUAAUAAAACAUGUUUGUGUUACAAUAGUAUCAUAGAAUUAAUCUCAGAUUUGGCGUGAAAAGAGGUACAUUAAUUUGCAUCUUUUCAUGAAACUGUUGGUGCUGGAAGCUCACAGUACUAAACACGUGGCAUGCUGUAGUGAUUACAGUACAGCUAACAUGCUAUUUAGCUGAGAACAUGUCGGCCCAUAGUCAGCCAUAAUAUCCCACUUAUCUAGCUCAGUAGACCGUAGCUAAUGUAUGUUACUGUUCAGCCAGAAUUGUUAGCUGGCUUGCUACUAGCUAAUGUUGCAUUUACAAAUUAUACCUGGAGACCAAAAGGCUCAGACACAACAGAUAAUGGCGUAACGAAAGUCCCUUUUGCGCCUCUGAGAAAUAUGCAGUGCUACAUGCUAGGUUACGUGACGAGGUUUCGCAAGUGAACUGCUGUAUCUUGCAAGCUAAUGGCUACCUCCCUGCUAGCAUUUUGGUCUAGUAGUUAUUAAUUUCAUUCAAUAAAAUGCUGUUUAAAAGGGGAGAAAGUGCUGUCAACUUACCAAAAAUAAA